CGGCCAUUGAGUGACAACAUUCACGAUCAAAUUUUGACCAGUGCGUUUAAUUUAAAAAGAAAAUGACGGAUUACCACAAAAACUCUCAGAACGUUUAUCGUUAUUUGUGUGACUGAUACAAACACAGCAACGAUGAGUUUGGUGUUCAAUGGAAAGUCGGUAGAGCUGGAUGAGAGUGUUUUCACAAGGUUAAAGGCGUUUUGUCAUCCUAUCAAGAUCAAUGGAACAGCGAGGCUCUCUGAGGGCGCUGUUCCUUAUUACAACCGACCAAUUGUGAUAUGUACGCGAAACAAGCCAUUGAACACAGCUCUGUCGAACACAGAUGUAACGACUUGCCUGGAGCAGUGUGUGUUGCAUUUUGCCAUUGUUCCACAAUUGGCAUUCUACAGAGAUGAAGAUCAAAUCAGCUUCAUUUCACCAUUCUUCCGAGGAGGAAACCUGGUUAAAGCCAAAGAACUGUCAUGGAAGGACCGGUUACGAAUACUUUACCACAUAGCUUGCGCCAUAGACUACCUUCAUAAUCCUCCGUGUGAUGGGAGAGCACCGGUUGCCCAUGGCGGAAUUUGCAGGAAGAAUAUUGUGUUGGACGAACAAAACAAUGCCCGACUGUUGUACUAUGGGCCGAGUGGUAUUGGUGAGGCCUGCAGUACAGGAGACAUUGAACGGGAGAAGGCAAAGGAUUGGAAUGACUUUAAACAAGUGCUUCAAGAGAUGUUUUCCGAGAACAACACAUCCAUAUCUUCAAAACUACUGGAUAAACUCUGGAUACUGAAGCCAACCUGGGAAAUCAAAGCAAAUCUGACGACAAUACUGAGGGAAACAGGUAGCAAGCGAUGGCUCCGGCAGAAUACAGAUGACAAACGAAAAUGUGAAAUAUGUUUAGUCAACGAAUAUGAGCCAUUUUGCAAUGAGCUUAAACAUGACCAGUGUUUGCCCGAAAUCAAAAUACAGAUGUGUGUUGGCUGUUUGUGGAACUGGCGAUAUAAUCCGGUCAAGUGCCACAGCUGCGAUCAACCGAAGAUACAAUCCCCAGUCGGUGCUUGUACGAUUGGGCUACUUCGUGUCCACUACGUCAUCCAGGUGCGUGCUCGAGUGGGUUACUUUGCUUUCACUACGUUAUCUAGGUGCGUGUACGAGUGGGCUACUUUGUGUGCACUACGUCAUCAAGGUGACGGAUGGGGUGCAAUUCUUAUAGCCGGGUCAGACCCACAAAUAGAUAGAGGCUUCCAGGGAGACAUAGAGCAGAUGAAAACUCAAGUGAUCACAAACCCAACUAGCAUGGGAGUAAGAAGCGAAAACACUGUUGUAGUGCAAAAGUCGGACAUUCCGUAUAUGUGCCAACUAAAAAAUGCGUUUGAAAAGAUUGGCGAUCAAGACAAAUGUAUCAGCACACUCGUGUUGAUGUACUCUGGGCACCAUGGAAACGGUCGAUUUUGCUUGGAAUCAGACACUUAUAUUACUGACGAUGAGCUCAUUAUGUAUAUAAAUAAAUUAACAAACAUCGAAAAAGUCAUUUUGUUCCUUGACGCUUGUUGUCUUGAAACGUUGCACAAGAGUCUUAAAGUUAAAGCUAUUGUACAGUUUAACUCUGUGAUGAGCCACCAAACAGCAUCAAGCAGCAGCCAAGGCAGCAUUUUUACUAAGCACAUCAUCAGGGCCUUGACAUCAGUUUUGGAUAAAAUUACGAUCGGAAACGAUGACUUAGCAAAUUAUUUGUCAGCAACAGGACAUGUCGAUAAAACUUCAACGAACUUUACAAUAACAAAGGCUCGAUAUGAACGUAUAGUGGCAUUUCGUAUACAUGAUAUGUCUAUUGCAACGAAGCUGAAGGAAGAACUAGAAAAUUCACCGUUGUUAGAUUUAAAAUCAAAACUCAUCCGCUAUAUAUUGACAAAUUUCUUGACGAUACCACUCAACCCAAUCGUGCAGCACUUACAUUCCAAGCUGAUUGACUUCUACGAACCUCCUAUAAUGACAAAAACAGUCCAGGAGAGGAAUCAAGACGGUAAUCCUCCAAUAUUGCAAAAGCCUAUCACCGAAAUUAAAGAACUGUUCAUCUUCAAUGAAUGUAAAGAUUACAAAACCCCAUCAUACACGAAAAGAGUGUACAUUUCAGGUGAAGCCGGAAUGGGUAAGACAUCUUUUAUUCAGUAUUUGGCUUUAGCUUGGUGUGCUGUACAUGGUGAGAGUGAGGAGUGUGUGAGAAUGAGAGAGAAAAUGAAAAUGUUUAAACUCUUCAGCGACAUUGAAUACCUGAAAGAUACACAGUUGCUAUUUCUACUUCAUUUGCAAAAAUUUGAGAAGGAAUCUACUUGUAAGGGAAUGUUGAGCACACACCUGCACGAAGCGUUAGGGUACUCUCCGGAGUAUGCCCAAAAACUGAUUACUAUGAUAGAUAGACCGAAUGCAGUCGUUCUCAUUGAUGGACUAGAUGAAUGGCGGCAUUCUACAAAUCAAUUGCCAGAACUAAACGACCUAUAUCAGACGAAUGUUAUAUGCUCGUCCAGGCCAUGCAAGAUUGAUUCUUGUGUAACAUCACCAAGGCAAACUCACAACCAAAUAACAAUCACUGGUAUUGGGUUUGAGUCUUUAGAACGUCUCAUCAUCAAUGCGACUAAAUGUUUAUCACGAGAAGGAAUUCAGGUUCGCAACGAUGUCAAUACUUUCACUGACACUCUUCGCCCAACUAUAAUAUCUCUUAUCGCUUCAAAAUCAGAUGAGAUGCGCGUGGCACCUUUCUUCAUUCUACAAAUCCUCUGUCUCUGGCAUAAUCGGAUGGAUUUGGGAAAAACACGAACACAAAUGUAUGAAAACAUGUCUGAGAUGCUGAUACUUCGUAUGCAGGAGAAGCAGAGUGAGAAAUGCAAAAUAACAGCUUGCAAUUCUCAGUUUCCUAAAACUAUGAAGGCGACAUGUGAUAUCCAACAAAGCGAACAUAUCGCAAAGCUAUCACAAUUGGCGUUUUAUUUGGUGUUUACGGGACCUACAGAGCACUCUCUUCAGUUCUCGGAAAAGGAUCUUAGUAGUAUGAAUGUGUCUGAGAACCAAAAUAUUAACGAUAUGUUUAAGGAAAUAGAGCAGUUUUGUUUAAACUCUGGAAUUCUUCGAGGAACCGUUAGAAAAACCAGUUUAGGUCAAGAGCCAAUAUACAGUUUUAUCCACAAAUCGUAUCAGGAGUUUUUUGCAGCCUUUCAUAUCGUUGCACACAAAUGUGAUACAAACAUUUGUCGGGAAAUAACUGCAAAUACCCAAACACUACAAGAUGUUGUUGAAUUGGCGAACGUCUUCGACUUUGUCUGUGGUUACGAUCCACGCUGCAUAGAAGCAAUGGUCUCAUUGAUAGAUGAUCUAACAACAAAGCAUGCAAUUAAAACUGAUGAUGACAGGAGAAUCAAACUCAUUAAGACGAUCCAAAAUAUGAUUUUUGACAGCUGUUCUAAAUAUGUCAACACAAGUAAGGUGACAAUCAAACUUUCGAACCUUAUUGUCGGGGAUUUAGAUAAGGUAGCUGUUUUAACAAGUGAACAACCAAUGACUCUUCUCAGAUCAAAUAGAAAACAAAUUAAAGAACAUAAUUGGAAAAUUACAUUGAACUCAAAGUUAUGUGUUCUUUGUGUAACUCAUUUGUCCCUAUCAAAUGACAUGGACUUUUCUCAAUUCGAUAUGGAAGAGCUUAUGCUUAUCGAAGUAGGGAUACAAUGCGUGAAGUUAAGUGAAAUUCAACGUCUCAAACGGAUUGCACUUUGCUUAAUUGAACCAACCACUGUCUCUAUACCAUUCCAAGUUGCAAAUAACCUCACACAUCUCGAAAUGUCAAACUGUUCUCUAUCAGGACCACUGGACUUAUCUCAGUGUCCACUGAGUGAGCUGAAGCUGCAUAAGGUUAAUACAAAGGAGGUGGUUACUUGUUGUGUGGAGACAUGUACAGUAAUGGAGAUGGACUGUUCAUUUGAAUUUACGAAGGCAACCAAUCUUACCAACCUUAGUAUGAAGGAAUGCUCCCUUCCAGGCCCACUUGACCUUACUCAGUGUCCAUUGGUGAAGCUGAAUCUUCAUAAGGUUCAGACAAAGAAGGUGGUUACAGGUCGUGUGAACACAUGUACGGUACAAAAUAUGGAUUGUUUAUUUGAAUUUAUGAAUGCGACCAAUCUUACCAAUCUCAGUAUGAUAAGGUGUUCCCAUCCAGGCCCACUGGACAUUUCGCGGUGUCCGCUUAAAAAGCUGAUGCUUUUUGAGAUUAAAACAAAUAAUGUGGUUGUCAGUUGUGUUGAGACAUGUACGGUAGAGCAUAUGGAUUGUUCAUUUAAAUUUACGAAUGCAAGCAAACUUACCAAUCUCAGUAUGAAGGAAUGCUCCCUUCAAACCCCUCUGGACCUGUCUCGGUGUCCACUGCAGGAGUUGAAUCUAUAUAAGGUUCAGACCCAGAAUGUGGUAACAGGUUGUGUAAAGACAUGUAAGGUAGAGUGUAUGGAUUGUUCAUUCGAAUUUACAAAUGCAAGAAAACUUACUAAACUAAGUAUGGUGUCGUGUUCCAUUCCAGGCCAACUGGACAUAUCUCAGUGUCCACUAGAGGAGCUGGACAUAAUGCAUAUGAAGACGGAGAGAAUGCUAAUUGGUCAUGUGGAGAAAUUCACGGCAGUAUACAUGUCUUGUCUUUUGGACUUCACACAAGCAAACAAACUAACUCAAUUAACAAUGUACUGCUGUUCCUUAUUUGGGACACCGGAUCUGGCUGGGUUUCAACUUGAGAUACUGAAGAUGUAUAAAUGUUCCCUUCAAAGCCCACUGAACCAGUCUCAGUUUCCUCUGUUGAAGCCGAAGCUGAAGGUUGUGAGAACAGAGGAGGUGAUUAUUGGUUGUGCCGAGAAUAUCGAGGUUUUAGAGUUAAAUUUUCCACUAAAAGCACAUGUACGUAUGUCUUUGCUUAAAGCAAGCAGGCUAACUCGCCUCAGUAUGACUAACUGUUUCCUUCCAGGUCCACUGAACCUGACACAGUGUCCACUAAAGAAUCUGCAUUUGGAGAUGGUGGAGACAGAGAGGGUGAUUGUUGAUUGUGUGGAGAAUGUUGAGGAUUUAGAAUUUGAUUUUCGGUCCAAAACACCAGUAUGUACAUCUCUUUUACAUGCAACCAAACUAACUCGCCUCAGCAUGAGGGAGUGUUCCUUUCAAGGCAAAUUGGACCUAUCUCAGUGUCCACUGAAUGAGCUGUUUUUGGAGUUGGUGGAGACAGAGAUGGUGAUGAUUUGUUGUGUGAAGACAUGCAUCUUUAAGAACAUGUCCUGUGCUUUUCAAUUUCAAAAUGCAAACACACUCAUCGAUCUCCGUUUUAAUGACUGUGUUCUGAUUCAACCAGUGAGUCUCUCCAAUUGUCCAUUACAAUUUCUUGAACUUGUAAAAGUUGAUAUUAGCCAGUUCACAUUAGGAUCACUAGAGACUUUGUCAAAACUGUGCAUAUCAGACUGUCGAUUCCUUUCAGCACUGCCUUCUAGCGCUUUAAGCCUUGUGCAUGUGAUUUUAAAACAUUGCGAAGUACAAAAUUGUAUCCAUUAUCAACCAUUGACAACAUUAGAGAUAGAAGAAACAUGUCGCAUAAUGUCAUUUAUUGAACUGUCAAAAACAUCGAUAAAAACAUUAAUACUGCAUGAGCCUAAAAUGUGUCCGUACGUGUUUGAGGAGCAGAUGUGGCACAUCUACUGCCUGCCUAGCCAGGUAAAAUGUUCUGUUAGUGGAGUUGAGAGUUACUGGGACGGGAUUGAUAUGGGAAAGAAAUUGAUAGAGGUCAUUGAAAUGCUGAAGACUGGCGGGCAAAUUUCUGUGCAAAAGAAAAAAGUUCUGCAAAGAGAAUUGACUGGUUGGUCUUUCACUAUAAUAACUAGAAAAUAAAUCAAUCCACCAGUUUGACUAGGUCACAUGUAAGACGACAGGGUGUACAGCAAAAAAGGGAAAUAUGUGAUAUGAAGUCAUAGGGCCUAUAAAGUAGGCGAAUUAAAUGACGCUGGGCUAAUGUUAGGCAGUUCUCUUUAAUCUUUUCGGAGUCUCGUUGGGCAUGGUAAGAACUAUUUGUAUUUUAGAUGCAAUAAGCUAUCGAAUAUUUGCAAUGAGAUGACAUUUAUCCCAUCUGUAUGACUUUUGGCGUUUUUAUGCACGGAUUUCCAAGGUCUUCCACUGAUUGAUAAUAUUAGCAUUUGUAAUCAUUUUUCAACAUUCAAUAAUUGAAAAGUUAGCAACACAAUUGUAAUGUUCCUUAUUACAACUUUCCCGUGUGGAUCUUACUAUAGUUUAUUCAGCUUUUUUUCUGUAACACUCACGGUGGAGACAGAGAUAUAAAUGUAGUGUAAUUCAUUCCACCUGCGGUCUUGAUAGAUACGUGUUUACACACCGAAAUUGACGUGAUACAGGUCACCCAAAAGCGUCCUAUCAUAGCACCCCUAUAUAAUAAUUUAUGUUUGAAGCAUACUAUUUAUCAUUUUCAUAUGUUACUUUUAUUUCUUACUUCAGAAUGCGAGUAUUUAUAUGUAAUAAUUCCAACGAUAAUUAACAACCUAAUAUCAAACUCAUCCUUGGUUGUUUGACUUACAGAGCAUAAACACUGACGUUUGUUUAAAAAAUAAAUGAGCUUAUGCUACUUGUAACUUGUAUAUGAAGACCAGUCGGGAAUGUAACCGCGUUUUUUUUAAAUACCGUUCAAUAAUUAUAAUGCAAGCUUUAUUUAUCCCGACUUCCCGUUCUAAAUGAUAACAAAACACAUCUACUGUUUAAACAACAUGAGGAAAAUGAAGUAGUCAAUCACAUUUACUAUAAUAAUAACGAGUAUAAAAUGGAGAACACGUUGUCUAGUGAAACAACAGUACUGAUAUGCAGUAGUCAAGAAUGUUAAUCACAUUUUCUAGUAAAUAAAAUGUUAAAAAUGUUUUUCACGUUGACUAGUGAAACAACAUGAAUAAAAUGAAGUAGUCAAGAAUAACAUUUACAGGUAAAAAAACCAUGUAUGAACUCAUGUUGACUGGUGAAACAACAUGUGCAAACUUAAGUACACAUUAACUGGUGAAACAACAUGUGUAAAAUUAAGUACACAUUGACUGGUGAAAUUAUAUGUGUAAACUAAAGUAUACGUUGACUGGUGAAACAACAUGUGUAAACUAAAGUACACGUUGACUGGUGAAACAACAUGUGUAAACUAAAGUACACGUAGACUGGAGAAACAACAUGUACGAAGUAAAUCCACAUACUCUCCAAAUGAGUGAGUGGAAAUGACAGAAUGUAGAAAGAUUUUUUCUUCAACAAUGUUGUGUGUUAUCGUGCGUGCCUGUGUCCUUUCAUGCAUGCGUGAGUGUACGAAACUGUUUGUGUACCUGCGUACGUGCGUGUGUCUUUGCGUAUGUUUUAGUGUAUGGGGGUGUCUUUGUGUGUGUAUUGUUUGUUUGUUUUUUAAUUUAAAAACAACUAUAAGCAUGUAUGGGAUAUGUGACAAAUCAUAGUAUGUUUGUUUUGUUUCUCUGAUCUCAUUCCGGCUUCUCAUUUGUUACAAGUAUGUGUACGUAUAGUACAAAAACUUGGGAUGAUAUGAUGGAUGAUAUGUAUGCAUUUUUGAACAAUUGAAACGUGUGCACAUUUUAACAUUGCAGUUAUUUAGUAGUCUGCAUGGAUUGUUCAUGUUUUUUCUUUAGAAUUGCAUGAUCAUGAAUCAAUAAUCUGACUUUGUUAUAGCGAAUACUUUUUGGUUACAAUUGCUGCGCAAGAAAUAGCAUGUUUGUGCCUGUAAUAAGACGAGUACUUAUUUGUAACGUGUAAGCAUAUUCAGCAAAAAUGUAACUAGUAACGUAAAAGAUAGUGGAUGAUAUGACAAAUGAAUUUCUUUCUUUCUCACAAAUGAAAUGAAAAGUGUUUCAAUAUUGUCGGUCUUUUGUAGUCUGCAUGGAUUGUUCAUGCCUUUUUCCGAGGAAUUAUUAAGAUAUUGUGAAUUAAUAUGUUUAUGUUUUAGUAGUCAAUACUUGUAGUCAACAUUAUUGCGCGGUAUAAAAAGAAUGUAUGCCUGUAAUAUGACACCUAUUAUUUUAUAUUAAUACGUAUGUUACUGUAUAAAUUAUAGUAACAAAAAUGGCACAAUUUUGAGGUAAAAUACGCUUUUUAUUAAUAUAUAAUAAUAGGUUGUUCACAAGUCAGUUGAUAUAACGGUUUUGCCAAAGUCACAUUGAAUUGAUGGUCUGUGCAUGGACUCCGUUCGUUUAUAAGUGAGUUUUUUUUCCAAACGGAGAAACAAAUGAGAAUGUGUACAUUUUAAUUUCCUCUUGAACAUUUCUUUUGCUUUUCAUUUGAUUGUUAUGGAGUAUCUUACUAUCAAUAUGUUAUUGUUUUGCUCUGUUGUAAAAAGCAACUUGUGUUUAGAGGUUGUUUAUUAAUGUUUUAAACUUUAGUAUUCCAAAAGAAGAACACACAAACUAUAGUUUAAUUGGUAUUAAAUGACCAAAUAAAUCCAGAUCACUUUUGACAUUUAUAUAUGUCAAGUACAUUUUUAUCGUUUUGUUAAUUGAAAAAGGCGAAAGUAAGGUAGGAAAUUCAAUGUCAAAAAAGGAAAACCUUGUGCUAAGAUUCAUGUUUUUUUAUUUAAAUGUAAGGAUAUUUAAAAAAACAUAAUUAUGUGUAAAGCAAAGUUUGCAUAAAGAUAUCAUUGUUCGAAUUGUUUGAUUAUGGUAGAUGCUCCUGUAAAAUAUAUCUGUAUGUAAGUGAUGCAUAUUUUUUCUGAAUUAAUGCAAGAAAAUAUGAUUUGAUGUAAAGAGAAUCAUUGGUCAUUGUUGUUAUGCAGAGAAACAAAUAAGAAAAGAUUUAUUUGAACCUAGUGCGUGUACAUAAUUCAACUUUUAUUUUAAUAUUUUUAUAUUGUGUAUGUAUAUUUAAACGUUUUUCGAAAUGCAACUUCGUAUUAUCCAUCUUUAGAGAAAUGUUGUGUGUUUAUUUAGUUGCAGGAAAUAGUCCUUUGAGUAGAGUAACUCGAUGGAUAAAGGCGAACAGGUUGUAUCAGCUCCUUUACUUAAGGACACUUACAUCAGUACAUGAAAUAGUUUGUAGGGUAGGGUAAAUCGAGGGAUAAAGGCGAAAAGAGUCUGUUUACUUCUAAAUUUAAGUUCACUAACAUCAGUUCAUGUAGUAGUUUGUACAGUAGAGAAAAUCAAGACAUAAAGGCAAAAGGGGUCGAUAUACCGCUUUAUUUAUGGUCACUUACAUCAGUACACGUAAUAGUUUGUAUAGUAGAGUAAAAUGAUGGAUAAAGGCGAAAUGGGUGGAAAUGCCGCUUUAUGCAAGGUCACUUACAUCAGUUCAUGUAAUUGUUUGUGGAGUAGAGAAAAUCGAUGGAUAAAGGCGAAAGGGGUCGAUAUGCCGCUUUAUUUAUGGUCAAUUACAUCUGUCUGUCUGGCUUUAACUCACCGUAAUAUUAAUUUGUUGUUCAUUUCUUAAAAUGAGCAGAGUCGUUCAAUAUGAUUUAACAUUUCCUGGAACGCAUAAUACACAAAAUCUGUACAUAUCUAUGUUUAAUUUUAAUGCCACCAUGUAAUAACCUUUCAUAUAUUAUUGAUUUUAAAAAGUGUUAUAUCGUUUGUUGUUUUUUGCUGUUUUGUAUUUUUCAAACAUUUUUGUAAAUAUUUGGUGGAAGCAAGACAAGUCACUUAUGGAACUUGAAACUUGUGUAGUAUACAAUAUGAUGUAAUUCUGUAUAAUUUAAUAAUAUGUAUAAAGCAUUUUAUCCUGCAAUCGUAAGUAUGCUAUUUUUAAUUCAUGAAACGAAUGUAUUUUACCACAUUAUGUAUUCUUGUUUAAACAAAGAGUGUGCAUGUAACUUUAAAUCUGAUUUACAAAAUUAUGUAAGUUUGACUUAUUGAAACUUGUUUAUACUACCACGUGAUGUAUCUUUGUAUAAACAAGGAGAGGCCAUGAAAUUUGUAAUCAUUAACGUAUCAUAUGGUUAGUUCCACUUCAUGAAACUUAUGUUUUAUACCAUAUGGUGUAUCGUUUUUAUCAAAGAGAUGGCAUGUAAAAUUUAAUCUUAACACAAACAUAUGCUAUUUUCAUUUCAUAGAACUUGUGUAUGAAACCAAAUGAUGUAUCUUAGUACAAACAAAGAGUGGUCAUGUUUAUUUAAAUUACGCAACAUACACUUAUGCAAGUUUAACUUCAUGAAAUUUGUGCAUGAAACCACAUGAUUUAUUUUUGUAUAAACAAAGAGUGGGUUUGCUAUAUUUAAUAAAAAUAAAAACAUAUUUAUGCUAAUAUCACUUCAUGAAACCUGUUAAUUAUACCACAGGAUGUGUCUUUGUGUAAACAAAAAGUGGGCAUGUCAAUUAUGGUUUUAAGUAUGAUAAUUUAACUUGAUGAAACUUGUUUAUUUUACCGCAUGAUGUAUCUUUUUAUAAACAAAGAGUGGGCAUGAAAUCUAUAAUCAUUAAAUUUAAAUUUACGUCAAUUUUCCUUCAUGAAAACAUUUUAUUAUACCACAUGAUGUAUCUUUGUAUAAACAAAGAGUGGGCAUGUUAUCUAUAAUUAUUGAUGUAUUUUUAAGUGAGUUUCAAUAUAAGAAACUUGUUUAUUUCACCACAUGAUGAAGCUUUGUAUAAACAAAGUCUUGGCAUGUGUAUUUAUAUUACGCAACAUACACUUAUGCAAGUUUAACUAAAUGAAACUGGUGUAUUAAACAACAUGAUAUAUCUUUGUAUAAACAAAGAGUGGGCAUGUAAUAUUUAAUUAUAAAAACACGUUUAUGGUAAUUUAAUUCAUGACACCUGUAAAUUAUACCACAUGAUGUAUCUUUGUGUAAACAAAGAGUGGGCAUGUAAAUUAUGGUUUAAAUUAUGCUAACUUAACUUCAUGAAACUUGUUCAUUCUACCGCAUGAUGUAUCUUUGUAUAAACAAAGAGUGGGCAUGAAAUCUAUAAUCAUUAAAAUUAAAUUUACGUCUGUUUUCCUUCAUGAAAAUAGUUUAUUAUAUCGCAUGAUGUAUCUUUGUAUGAAAAAAGAGUGGGCAUGUUAUCUAUAAUUAUUGACGUAUUAUUAAGUGAGUUUCACUUCAAAAAACUUGUUCAUUUCACCACAUGAUGAAGCUUUGAAUAAACAAAGACUUGGCAUGUUUAUUUAUAUUACGCAACAUACACUUAUGCAAGUUUGACUAAAUGAAACUGGUGUAUUUAACAACAUGAUAUAUCUUUGUAUAAACAAAGAGCGGGCAUGUAAUCUAUAAUCAUUAAAAUUGAAUUUACAGAAGUUUUCCUUCAUGAAAAUUGUUUAUUUCUCCACAUGAUGUAUCUUUGUAUAAACAAAGAGUGGGCAUGUUUAUUUAUUUAACGCAACAUACACUUAUGCAAGUUUAACUUCAUCAAACUUGUAUAAUUUUACAGCAUGACGUACCUUUGUAUAAACAAAGAAUUCGCAUGCUAAUUAAAAUUAUAUGUAUUACUUAAUAUAUACGUUUGUCAGUUUCACUUUAUGAAACAUUUUUUAUUAUACCACAUGAUGAAUCUUUGUAUAAGCAAAGAGUGGGCAUGUAUUAUAUAAUGCUAAAAACACAAUCAUAUGGUUAUCGGAUAGUAUAACAUUUGUGUUUUACUCAACAUAAUGUAUAUUUAUAUAAUCAAAGAGUGAGCAUGUAAUAUAUAAUCCUUAUCAUAGAGUUAUGUUAGUUUCAAUGCAUGACUUUUUUAAUAUACUAUUUGAUGUAUCUUUUUGUAAGCAUAUAGUGGGUAUGCAACUUAUAUUCCUAAGCGUAGGGUUGUUUAGGUUUUACCUCAUGGAACCUGUGUUUGUUACCAUAUUUUGGAUGUUCAUGUAAGUAGUAGGUAUGAAAUUAGAAAUAUGUUAUUUUCAGUUCAUUAAAUAUGUGUACUAUAGAACGUGAUGCAUCUUUGUAUAAACAAAGGGUGGCCAUGUAUUUUAUAAUCUUAAUAACACAAUUAUAUUGCUUCAACUUCAAGAUAUUGUAUGUUAUACCACAUGAUGUAUUUCGCUUAAACAAAGAGUGGGCAUGUUAUUUAUAAUCCUUAUUACACAACUAUGUUAUUUUAACUCCAAGAAACUUGUGUAUUAUAACACGUGACGUUUUUGUAUAGAGGGUGUACGUAAAUCAUAAAUGAGUGUAGUGGUUGUUUUUUUACUCGAAAUGUACGAAUAUUUUAGUUAAUGCGUUUAACUAAUGUUUUUGAUUAAUCAAAGGGAUGUGAAUUUGUAUGAAACAAAAUUGAUUGAACGCAAAAACUUAAUCAAUUUAUUAAUGGUGGUAUUUAAUUUUAAUUAUUUUUAAUUAUAUAGUUGAUGCACAUGAUACCAAGGAAUAAAUGGUGUUUACUGACUUAAUUUCUAUUUAAUUAUAUGGUCAAACUACAUGACGUGAAGUUAUAAAUGAUGUUUGAAAAGAUUGGCUCUCGAAAAAUAUUGCAAAUAUGAAUAGAAUAGUUCGAUGUACUAUUAAUUCAAAUGCUAAAAUAUUUAUUUCGUGUGUAUCUCUGAAAAAUACCAAACAAAGAAAACCAGUUAUAAUAAGGGGUUAGUGUUUUUAGACAUGCAAUCUAAAAUGCAUUGGUAAUAGAAAUGUAUGAGUUUUAGUGGUAUGUAAUGUAAAAUGGAAUGGUAAUAAAUCAAAUGUGUAUGUUUUAGUGACAUGCAAUCUAAAAUGGAAUGGUAAUAGAUCAAAUGUAUGUGUUUUAGUAAUAUGUUAUGAAAAAUGGAAUGGUAAUACAUCAAAUGUGUAUGUUUUACUGAUAUGUAUUGUAAAAUGAAAUGGUAAUUGAUCAAAUGUGUAUGCUUUAGUGAUAUGCAAUGUGAAAUUGAUAUGUAAUCGAUCAAAUGUGUAUGUUUUGGUUUCAUUAUUUAUAUCAAAUUUGCUCAGAAUUUUCAAAAGGAAGUUAUAUAGUUGCCAUGCAGUUGUAACGCUUUUUUAUUGUGCAUGUUAACAAAUGAGCACUUCAACAAAAUUGUUAUACACAUGUACGUCAUGCAUUGUCAUCCAUGCUUCUUGUAAAUAUUGCUAAUAAAUAAUCGCACUCAUA